AUGGAGAUUCAAUUUCUUUACUCCAAGCUUCCAGUUUUCAUCUUUGUUCUACUAGCCUUUUUCGUUUCUCAUCCAUUUGCAUCCUCAACUCCCUCUGAUCUUAUUGAGAUGGUGGUUCCCUCAAAGUCCUCUCUGAUGGCGAUUCCCUCAGCUUCCUCUGGUCUUGAUUCCAAGAUGGUGGUUCCCUCAACAUCCUCUGAUCUUGAUUCCAAGAUGGUGGUUCCCUCAAAGUCCUCUGAUCUGGCAGAGAUGGUGGUUCCUUUAACGUCCUCUGAUCUUAAUUCCAAGAUGGUGGUUCCCUCAACGUCCUCUGAUUUGAUAGAGAUGGUGGUUCCUUCGACGUCCUCUGAUCUUGAUUCCAAGGCACGUACAGCGAAUCUUGUGGUAUCUAAAGAUGGUACCGGAAACUACAAAACGAUAAACGAAGCGGUGGCAGCGGUACCGGCUUUCAGCAAAACACGGUUUGUAAUUUAUGUGAAGAAAGGAAUUUACGACGAGAUCAUUAACAUUGGGAAACCUAAAACCAAUUUAACCAUCAUUGGAGACGGGAGAGACGCAACAAUUCUAACCGAGAAGUUGAAUGUCAAAGACGGAACAAAAACUUUCUAUUCCGCAACACUAGCCGUAGAUGGAGAUGGCUUCAUGGCCCAAGAUCUCUGCAUACGUAACACCGCCGGACCGGAGAAGGGAGCAGCAGUUGCACUUCGAGUUAGCGGGGAUCGGGUGGUCAUCUACCGUUGCCAUAUUGACGGGUAUCAAGACACGCUUUACGCUCAUUCAAACAAACAGUUCUAUCGUGAUUGCUACAUCACGGGCACGGUGGACUUCAUCUGCGGUCAAGCUUCGGCGGUGUUCCAAAACUGUCAGAUCGAGGCUCGGAAACCAAUCGGAGGACAGAGCAAUGUCAUAACUGCUCAAUCUCGUGACAGCCAAAGCUUGAUGUCGGGGUUCACGUUUCAGAAAUGUAACAUAACGGCUAGUAAAGAUCUUGAUCCGGUAAAAAGAACCUUCAAGUCGUUUCUUGGACGACCAUGGGGCGUAUUAUCAAGAGUGGUCUUUAUGGAGUCGUUCAUGGGUGAUCUUAUCGAUCCUGCGGGUUGGACCCCAUGGGACAGUGACCUUAGCCGCCUAUCUACUCUCUAUUAUGGAGAAUAUGAAAACAAUGGCCCUGGAGCUGAUACAAAGAAGCGAGUGACAUGGAAGGGAUUUAGAAAGAUAACUGAUCCGAAGGAAGCAAUUAACUUCACCGUAGGAAGGCUUCUUGAUGGAGAUGUGUGGUUGAAGCCAACCGGAGUUCCUUAUGAACUAGGUCUUUAA